AUGGAGAUGCAGUACACCCGCGAGAGGCUAUUCUACGAGAUUCCUUCCAUUGGAGCCAUCAGAAUAAAUACGCAGGAGUACCUGGAUGUCUUGGGUAGACCAAUGGGUCCUGCAGACAAGCAGGCCAAACAAGUCCAGUGGACUAGUUACCUUGAUGCUCUGGAACUGGGUCUGGUCAUCACUGGAACACUUCCCGUCUUCAAUAAAACAAAGACCAAAGAUGACAAAAACGGCGAGUACCAGAAUCAGUUGAUUCUUGGUGUAAUGGGGAUUGACGUGUCUUUGGUUGAUAUCAAGAAACUCACGCCACGCUUCACAAUUGGUCCAAAUGGAUACUACUUUGCCAUUGAUCCUAAUGGAUACGUCCUGCUGCACCCCAAUCUUCAGCCAAAGAAUCCUAAAUUCCAGGAACCAGUUACCCUGGACUUCCUGGAUGCUGAGCUGGAGAACGAUAUCAAAGUGGAGAUCAGAAGAAUGAUGAUUGAUGGAGAGACAGGCGAACGGACCAUUGACACUCUGGUGAAAACUCAGGAUGAGAGGUACAUAGAUCGAGGAGUAAGGACCUACACGUGGGCUCAAGUCAAUGGAACAGAUUACAGCCUGGCUCUCGUUCUACCCAAGUACAGUGAACACUUCAUUCAAGCUAAACUGGGGGAUGACAUGAAAGAAGCAAUGUCCAUGGACACCAUACAGUUGGAGAGGUUCGAUGAGUUUGGUUACACCUACAUUGCUCCGAGGGAGUACUGCAAAGAGCUCAAGCUGUCACUCAACAACACACAGUUUCUCCUCGACUUCAGCCAGUACAUUGACAGAAACACUCCAGAUGCAUGUAAUGUGUCCCUGGUGAGCCGAUUCAUCCUGGAUGCAGGUCUGACAGCAGAACUGGUUAAAGUUUGGAACGAGCAGACAGUGGAUGGGAUCGUGGCCAGAUUUGUAGCCACAGAUGGAGGAAUCACAAGAGUCUACCCAAGGAGUGCUGGGGAAGAGUGGACUGAGAAUCCAGAGACAUACGAGUCCAGCUUCUACAAAAGGACCCUUGACAAUGAGAUUUAUAUUUUCACAGCUCCGUCUUUCAACACAGAGGGGAGGGAGAGUGUUUCAGAGUCGGGUAUUCUAGUGAGCAAAGCAGUGGAGCUCACGAUUAACGAAGUCACGCUCAAACCAGCAGUGGUGGGAGUGAAACUUAAUGUCUCAUUCUGGAUGAACAGUUUUAUGAAUGCUACAUUAAAACUGAAUUGCAAGGAUGAGAUCUGUGGCUGUCUAAAGAAUGACAAGCAUGUGGAUUGUGUAAUCCUGGACGACGGGGGAUUCCUUCUUAUGUCCAAUCAGGAUGAGUAUAUCAAUUUGAUAGGUCAGUUCUUUGGGGAGGUGGAUCCCGUUCUGAUGAUCAACCUUGUCAACACCUCCCUGUACUCCUUCAACAAAACCUAUGACUACCAGUCUGUGUGUGACCCAGAGAGAGACAGCAAGGCUGCAGCAGGGCCGCGCUCUGUCUAUGUGCCUACCAUUGCAGACGUGCUCAAUAUUGGCUGGUGGGCCUCCACUGCUGCCUGGUCAAUACUUCAGCAGCUCUUCUUUGGUCUUAUUUUCCCAAAUUUUCUGGAGGCAGCGGAGUCCACAGAUGAAGACAUACCAGAUGCCAUGUUUAAGGAGAGCUGCAUCACAGAGCAGACUCAGUACUUCUUUGACAAUGAGGAAAGAUCCUACUCAGGUGUCCUAGACUGUGUUAACUGUUCCAGGAUGUACCGUGCCGAGAAGCUGCCAAACACCAACCUAGUGUUCCUGAUCACUGAUGCCAAGGCAACGUGUUUGUCAUGUGACCCCAGACCGCUCCGACAGGCUGAACAACCCUCUGAAGGUCCAAAUCCAUGCGAGCUGGCUCAGAAUCCAAGAUACCGCAAAGGGCCAGACGUGUGUUUUGACAACAAUGAAAAUGAUGAGCCCUUGUGUCCAAUCAGCAGAAGUUCUUCAUUGAGCCCCACACCUCUCUUGUUGUUUCUGGUGCUGGGUUCAGGGAGGAUGAUUCUGACUGUGGAGGAGGGACCUGCCUGAGCCCGUGUCUUUGGCCGAUGCUUGGACUCCAACUACUGCUGCUGUGGCUCUUCACAUCAUUACAACACUCAUGACCCCUACACACGUGGACACUCACACACACACACACACACACACACACACACACACACACACACACACACACACAGACACACACACACACACACACAAACACACACACUUAAUCAUCAUCCCAUCUCACAAGAGACACUCCAGCUAUGCCAUCUGGGAUGUAUGCAGAAUAUGUGCAAUGAGACAUUUUUAUCAGCAUUUCUAUUUUCCAAUGCCAAAGGGUGCUCAUUCAUUUCCUCCUCAUCAUCGUUUCCAAAAACACAGAGACACAUUUACUGUGCUCAGCUGCACUCAUUCCCAUGAUAUACUCCUUAAUACUCUCCUAUGGUGCAAGAGUAAGAGCUAACCAAACCCUUUAAUUCUGCCUCAUUUGUUUCUCAGAUUAUUUUGGUGCAGGUUGAAGAGUUGUCCUGCUAUGCCAACUGAAUAUCAUUCAAAGACUGUAUGUUCACUGACAGCAUUGAUUUGUGUAGUCGUCGAUAUCGUUUGUUGCUUAUUAUAUUUAUUGCGUAUGAAUCAUUAUGCUGUAAUGAUUGUUUAUUUCUGCGACCAGUGCAAAUAAUAACAAUAUCCCUUCUGUUUGAGUGUUUUUUAAAUGUACUGUACCUAUAUAUUUAUCUCUAAAGAUUUUUUUGUUCUUUCUCAGAAUCAAAUAACAUUUCAUGACUAGCUGGGUGUUGUAUUGUAGCAGCAUGUGCUCAGUCCAGAGCUAAAGACAACACUUUGACACCAAAGCUCCACACAGUACCAAUACAGGAAACACAAACCAACUACAGAGAUUCUGCUGGCUAGUUUAUUUUAAGAGAUUUCUCAGAUGUGGGUGUUUAAUCUGUUUUGGAGUUAUGGAGAAGGAUAUUUUAGAGAGCACCCAUGUGAAUCCAAAUUUUAGGAUUUUAUAAUCUCAGAUAAACUUGAUCAGGCAGCCUUAGUUGUCUUCAAUUUGACGCAUCAAAUCCCCAGUGCCUACAUAGUAGCUCAAACAGUCUGUUUUCUGAAUGAAGCAGCGUAUCUGAGUUGUUUACUGUCCAUGUAUGCUUCUAAGCUCAUGC